AAUGAGGAGCUGCAACAGAAAUUUCCCGGAUUAGAUCGUAAACAACCAUGGAUCCGCAGAGAACAUCCCUUUAGUUGACAGAUUCUAAAAAUCACUACCCACGGUGACACUCACGAUUAUAGCAUCAUGUGCAUUUACAACAUCGCGUUCAGAAUGGAAGGGAUUGAGUUGUAUGACCGUUAAUGACCGUGGUGAUUGUCACCCACGUAUCUGCUGUCUACCGCGGGACAUUAUACUGCAUGUCAGGGUGUUGAAGAGGAGAGGAAUAAGCUCCUUGGUGAGCUCGUCAAGGGUUUUCGAGGAUCAGGGAGAGCCCCAAACAACCCCAACAAGAAGACCAGAAUUCAAAGAGAUGAAAUAAUAGACCUUAUCCACUCACUGAUGAUACAACCGUCUACUCAUAUUUUCCAAACUGCAACAACAACAACAACAAACUGGUGAACCUAGAACAUUGGAUCCCACAUUUUAUUAAGCUGACCUAAAGCUUUUGGAGUUUUCUGUGACCCAUAGAGUAAUCCUGAACCAAAUCAAUAUCUCUAGCCAGAAUCCAAUACUAGUAAGUGGCAACCCUAAGGCAGCCAGCCACGUCCCUCCCACUGUUUGGGAACCACUGAGUUGGAGGAGAACAACAGUGUGAAGGAGAGGAUGGGUAACAAGAGCAGCAGCCCCUCCAGAGACCCAGACACUGAUACUACUCAGAGAGAGGAGAGAACCAACACUGGAACUGCCUCAGGAAGUGGUCACCCAGGCCCCAGCCCUGACCUGCUUGCCUCACUACAGUCAUUGGGAGAACACAAUGACCACACACUGCUGCCACAGUCUCUACACCAGAUAGCAGAGGCCUACUCCCUGGAUGAGGACUACCAGUGGGCGGUGCAGUUCCUGCAGCUGGAGAAACUUUACCAUGAGCGCCUCCUGUCCAAUCUUGCUGCCCUGCAGGAGGACUGGGAGAGCCAGUGGAGAGAGCGUAACAGAGUAGCAGUGAGCACCUCCCCAGCUGAGACCAACAGCACUGGACAGGAACACAUAGAAAUGCUGAGCCAGAUCUGCAGGACGCACCAGAGACCAAUGCUUAGUGCGAAAAUGAGCAUGGCAGACACGGUGCUGAAAGACAGCCACAACACCAGGGGGCAGUGUGAUGGGAGAGAGAAAGAAAGGUCACCAUCCCAUCAUGGAAAAGUCAGAGUCAACAACCCUGUAAGACAGAGUGAUGAGGAUGUUAAGGAGACCACGUCAACAGGAGCUGUCCCUGACAUGGCUGAGGAGGAGGGAGGAGAGGAGGGAGAGCGAGGAAAGGAAGAGUUGGAGGAGGAAGGGCAGGGGGUGGAUGAAGAGGAGGUGUUUGAGGAGAGUCCAGAAGAGGAGGUGCAGGUGGUGGAGUGGCCAGUGGGGGUUCCCCAAGCCUCAGCCGAAGACCUGGACAAACUGUCUCAAGUGGAGGAGAGCUCCUCAGCAGAUGGCCUGGUGUCCAUUCUAAAGAGGAGGAGGGCAUCGUUAUAUGGCCUGCCCCCCGAGGGUCCCGAUGCAGCCAAACACAACUCCAAACGAAAGGUGCACUUCAGCCAGCCAGAGGACGGCAUGGAACCAGACGCGGUGGGCGGAGACUCGUGUUUGAUCCUGCUGUUGUUGUGCCUGGUAACCGUGGUGAUCAGUCUGGGCGGGACGGCUCUGUACUGCACUCUAGCGGACACAUACAGUAGCAUCUGCAUUGAUUUCUCUCACAACGUAGACUUUUACGUUGUGCACGUACAACGCUUCCUGGAUAGGUUCAGCCACUGGAUGCCCAUACGAUCAUAGUCAGGACUACUACUGCAGUCAGGACAUACAGUCACUUACUGCUGCAGUCAGGACAUACAGUCACUUACUGCUGCAGUCAGGACAUACAGUCACUUACUGCUGCAGUCAGGACAUACAGUCACUUACUGCUGCAGUCAGGACAUACAGUCACUUACUGCUGCAGUCAGGACAUACAGUCACUUACUGCUGCAGUCAGGACAUACAGUCACUUACUGCUGCAGUCAGGACAUACAGUCACUUACUGCUGCAGUCAGGACAUACAGUCACUUACUGCUGCAGUCAGGACAUACAGUCACUUACUGCUGCAGUCAGGACAUACAGUCACUUACUGCUGCAGUCAGGACAUACAGUCACUUACUGCUGCAGUCAGGACAUACAGUCACUUACUGCUGCAGUCAGGACAUACAGUCACUUACUGCUGCAGUCAGGACAUAC